UCUCUCUCUCUCUCUGUGCACGUCUGGGUGUCUGUCACCGCUUUCCUUGACGCGUUUCCUGUCUUGAUUCGGCUGAAAAGUUACAGCCCAGGAAAAGAAUUAAAUGAUGCAAUGAGUUUUUUUUUCCUUAAGAGUUUUAAGAAAUCUAGGAAAAUAAAAGCGGUAACGAGUGGGAAGCUACAGGAAGUCACGCAUCCCACACGUCGCAGUCGCUGUAUGAAACGCCUCCACCUGUUCACACUUAUCCCAUCCAUAUACGUAUACAAGUUACGUAAUCUUCUUUUACAGUUAUCUUAUCUUCUUUUAUAGCUCCCCAUUGCCUCAGCACCAACAACCUCACUACUGAGUCUAUUCCAUUCAUGUAGCGCUCUGUUUGAGAACCAUUUCCUUCAUGUCUCUUUUUGGAAAUCUAUCAAACCAUUACUUCUUGUGCUAUCUUGACUACUGACCAUGACUCAGCACCAACAACCUCACUACUGAGUCUAUUCCAUUCAUGUAGCGCUCUGUUUGAGAACCAUUUCCUUCAUGUCUUUUUUUGGAAAUCUAUCAAAUUUGAACCCAUUACUUCUUGUACAAUCUUGACUACUGACCAUGAGGAUUUCGUUUAAGUCAACCUUGUUAUGUCCCCUGUGCCACCUGAAGACUUCCCUCAGAUAUAUAAGUGUUAUGAGUCUAGGGGGUGGGGGGGAGGGCUCCUUCAAAUGAACAUUGGCUCCCGCAAGUAUCUUAAAAAAAUAAAUAAAUAAGAGGGCAACAUUUUGACGCAAAGCAGAAAACGCAUGCUACUGCGCUCAACAGGAAAAAAUCGACCUGCAGGGAAUUAUGUAUAAAAAGGAUGAGUGGGGGUCAGGCUUCACACUCCACCAUGAAGGCUCUGCUCGUGUUGGCGUUACUGGUGCUGGCCGCCGCUGCCUUCCCGACUGACCCACGCCUCAAAGGAGCCAAGGUGGUGAGGGUGGUGCCGCAGACCCUGGACCAGCUCCACCACCUACACCAGCUGCUCCUGCAAGGCCGCCAUGACUUCUGGCAGGAGCCGCGCGCCCUGGGGUCACCCGUGGACAUCAUGGCCACCACCCGCCAACUGCCUCAGCUGGCGGCCUCCCUGGAGCAGCGCGGCAUGGAGGUGAAGGAGCACAUCAGCGACGUGAGCCGAGUGGUGGAGGAGCAGAGGACUCAGCGAUAUAAGCGAAGCCCUCAGGCAAUGGACUGGACGGCCUACCACGACUCUGACACGAUCAACCGGUGGAUGGCCCAGCUGGCCUCAGACCACCCGGACCUGUGCACGCUGGAGACGGUGGGCAAGUCUUACGAGGGCCGCCCCAUGAACCUGCUGACGGUGGGCAAGGGCGGCGCUGACAAGCCGGGCAUCUUCAUUGACGGAGGAAUCCACGCGCGGGAGUGGAUCUCGCCCGCCACCGUCACCUUCCUGGUGAACCAACUCGUCACCAACAGCAGCGCCCACGACGACCUGCUGUCCAGCGUCAACUUCUACUUCAUGCCGGUCAUCAACCCCGACGGGUACGACUACUCCUUCACCGAUGACCGCUUGUGGCGCAAGACUCGCUCCAACACAUCGCAAAGAUGCAAGGGUGUUGACGCCAACAGGAACUGGGACUUCCACUGGAUGGAAAUCGGUGCUUCUGACAACCCCUGCUCAGACAUCUACGCCGGCCCUGAGCCUUUCUCGGAGGUGGAGAUGAGGGUGGUGCGCGACCAGCUCACUAGCAUCGCGGACAUCAAAGUGUACCUCAGCCUGCAUUCCUUCUCCCAGUUGUGGAUGUAUCCCUGGGGCUUCACUUCCUCCCUCCCUCACGACUGGCGGGACAUGGACCACCUCGCCAGGGAAGCAGUUACAGCCCUCACUGGCGUCCACGGCACCUCUUAUCAGAUCGGCAGUCUUUCCCGUAUAUUGUAUCCCGUCGGGGGAAGCUCUCAAGACUGGGCCAAGGGGAUAGGAGGCAUUAAAUACUCCUAUAUAUUGGAACUUCGUGAUACGGGCACCUACGGCUUUCUGCUUCCCGCCAGCCAGAUCAUCCCGUGUGGCGAGGAGGUCUUCCAGGCGUUCAAUGUCGUCGCGAACUUCGUCAGAACCAUCUACACGAGCCGCUAGCAAGCUGACAGAUGACCGUCGCAGUUUGGACAGACAAUGUUCAGAAACGGCUAUCUUCCAAGGCCACAGAGAUGAUUAGCCAGGUUCUCAAGAAUGUUUCCCUUGUUAAUAAUGUAGAAAUCUUGUAUAAUUGUUAGGAGAAUCAUAGAAACAUCUUCAACUUCUACUACAGCCUUUUGAAAGUAGUGGAGAUGUGGCGUGGAAGAGUUUCAGAAUAUGGACCAAACUUGCAUGACGGUACCAAUGUGAAUGAACAAAUUAAUAAACAAACAGUAGUGAAAA